GAGGGACUGAGGGAUAAAGAGUCGCUGGAGCCAUGGGAGGGGGAGAUCUGAACCUGAAGAAGAGCUGGCACCCCCAGACCCUCCGUAACGUGGAGAAGGUGUGGAAAGCGGAACAGAAACAUGAGGCCGAGAGGAAGAAGAUCGAGGAGCUACAGAAAGAGCUGCGGGAGGAGCGAGCGAGGGAGGAGAUGCAGCGAUACGCCGAGGACACGGGCGCGGUUAAGAAAAAAGAUGAUAAACUGGACUGGAUGUACCAAGGCCCGGGGGGUGCAGUGAAUCGCGAGGAAUAUCUGCUGGGGAGACCCGUGGACAAAUACAUCCUGGAUAAAAUGAAGGACCCCGAGAGCGGCCCCUCCUCUGAGACCGGACUCCUCCCCGGCUCCAUAUUCUCAGCAGCCGGAGCCAAUUCCACCCUAGACAUGGCCAACAAGAUCCGUGAGGAUCCGCUCUUCAUGAUCCGGAAGAGAGAAGAUGAGAAAAAGAGAGAAGUUCUGAAAAAUCCUGUGAAGAUGAAGAAGAUUAGAGAAAUGCUGCAGAACAGCCUGGAGCAAAAGAGCAAGAAGAAGAAGAAGGAGAAAAAGAAGCGGAGAAAGGAGAGAAGGGCAGAGUCCAGCAGUGAGGAGGACAGCGGUGAUGAAGAGGAAGACCAUUGCAGGAAUAGGUCUCACAAGCAACGCAAACGUUCUCCUUCCCCCCAAGCUCGACACAGGGAGUCUGGAUACGGCCUCCAGGUCAGAGAUCAUGGACAAGUCAGCAGAGGAGGCCACACACAUAAGGACAGAGCCCGGGCACAUUCCCAGAGCCCCCACCGUGACAACAAGGGGUCUAAGACGGGGGGCUCAUACGGAGGCCGGAAAAGGAGCCCCUCCCCACAGAAACAAGAGCCGUACAGGAGACAGCGGCCUUCGGGUUAUACCAAGAAACUCUCAGCUGAGGAGCUUGAACGGCGGAGGCAGGAGAUGAUGGAAGAUGCCCAACAGCGGGAGAAGGAAAGAGAGCGCAAUGUCAGAAGGUUCUAUCAGGAGGAGGAGAAGGACAGACCGAAGGAGAGCAAGUUUAUACAUCAAAUGAAGCUCGAGAGCGCGGCCUCGUCAUCAGUCGAGGAUCGAGUCAAACGAAACAUUCACGGGAUCCAACGUACGUCUGCCGCCCUGGAAAGGAACUUUAUGAAACGAUGAAUUCUCAUUCGUCCGUGGCCUCCAGCAAUUAAACGUGGCUCCUAUAAUGACUCACGGACGUUUCUUUAUCUCCUCCAGAGAGAACAAGGGAACCAUUUAAUCCCCUUCUUUCUCCCUCUCGCUGUGACACAGUAAAUUGCCCAAAGUCCCUGGAAUUUCCCCUUUGUUUCCGACUCACAAAACUCGUUCUCCUUCGAGUGCAACAGGCGAGAAAUCGAUCAAAAAUGUAUCGUUUGCUGCAACGAGAUGUUUAAAUACUUUGUUUUUUAACUGGGAUUUUAUACUCUAUCCAAUCGCAAUAACCGGGCAGAAUCUGUCCCUUUUAACUAGGGAUCUACUAAAUCCAGGAUUCAGUCCGGGAUUCGGCCUUUUCAGCAGGAUCUGAAUUUGUACAAAACCAUAUGCAAAUUAGGAUUCGGUUCGGUAUUCGGCCAAAUCCAAAAUCGUGGAUUCGGUCCAUCCCUAGUUUUAACAGUGGGGAAGAUGCAGAGAGGCUUUAUAUUUGGUGCUGAGCCUGGAUCACUAACACGGCUUUCAUUAGCCCUUCAUGUGGCCACUGAUCCUGCUGGUGGGAGGAGCUUUCCUCUUGGAUUUCAUGAAAUAUCCUCAAAGUUCUUUCUGUCAUUCCUCCAUGAAAUGGUGCUGAUCUCACACUGUGUGUAUUUACUCGGCUUUUACUUUGUUCACACAAUUUAAUUUUUUAUUAAAGGAUUCUCUUUUAUA